AUGGAUGCUCUUACCCCCGGUCUCAGACGCAAAGCAUUCGAGCGCCUCGCAUUUUUGGAUACCUUGGGCUCCCAGGAAAACUCUUCGAAGCCUAGUGUCAGUCAGUUAAUCAACGAAUGCAGGCCGCAAAGUUCGCAGUCAGGUGGCUUCAAGGAUGGGUUUUCCCAGGGACAUGGCAAAGCUCCGAUGGCUCUUCGAGAACUCGAAAUUAUCCUUUCUCUGGCCAAGACCUCCGCAAACGUGACUCGCCAUGACCAGAUGUUGAAUCUCACUUCGCAAUUCGCCGCCCACUUGACAGAGUCCUACAGCCAGAGAUUUCGAGCGUCCCCUUUCUUGCACGACAUCAAGCCAUCCCCUUGGGAGGCUCUGACACAUGGAUUGACGACGGGCCUCCUAAAUCUGGGUCAGAAAGACACCUCGGUCCGCGAACAUGCCAACAGUGCCAUCAUGACUUAUCUGAAUAACUGUGCGCGGGCUGUGAAAGGAAUGGUCAAAGGGGGAACCGAGCGAUCCGAGUUUGAAGGUGCCAUUGGACCAGUCGAAAUUUUGAUCACCACCCUUUCAUUGGUCGGCUUCUUGGAAGGCGCCUCACACUUUACUGAGUUGUGGAAUGCAACAGAAAAGUUAGCAAUUAUUGAGCUGUUGGAAAGUAUACUGUCCGUCAACCUUCUUGUGGCCGUGGAGACCGCAGCUUCAAAGAUUCGAAAUUCGAAUGCGAUAGAUCCCACGUCGCGAGAAUGGAAGAGAUAUAAUCGAAGAUACGCCGCUCAUCGACGACCAUUGGGUGCUAUGCUAUUACAACAGUGUUUCUUGCGCUUUAUAAAGUCCUGCACAGUCACCACAGUGCUAGGCCACGCUGCUCCAACUGAUGUGUCAUUCUUAGAGAUGUAUGCAGAUGGAAUCCCCUUGGUGAAGACUUCCAAUGAAGCUGAAGAAGCACUCGUCAAACACCUUGUGGGCGUUCUUACUGAUAGAAUACAACUUCUUGAAGACGGUGCCGACUACCUACAGAUUGGCUCCCAAUGGCAACAGGAGCUUGCUUUCUCGGUGAAGUCAUCUUCCUUAAUCGCGUUCCUCAAUUGUAUGACUCUGAAUGAAAAACUUGCUGAUACUGACUUGCUGCUUUCCUGGCUCGAGGAUACAGUAGCCGACGAGAAUCAGAUGGCAGCCUUUGAUCUGGGAACCACGGCGCUCAAAGUCGUUGCGAGUACUGCAAAACAAUUUCCCGCCAAUGCUUCUAAUCUGAGCCAUCUUUUGUUAAAGUUUAUAACGCAAGGUGGCGCGAGCCAGUCAAUUGUCUCAGUUGCAGCCAGCUGUCUCGCAAGCAUUCUUGAAGUUUUGUCGCAAGAUUUCGUGAUCACCACGCUGUAUUCGCUUGGCAACGUUUUGAGCCCGACAGCGGCGGGCGUUGAGCGUCCAGUGCAACUCCCUGUUGAAACCUCCGAGAAUGGUCCUUCUGUCGACCCCUAUCAUUCAAAUGCCGACAGCGUCAUUUCCCUCUCUUACAAUAGCGAGGAAGAUUCCACGCUUACGCACCGUAACGUUAUUCAUGCAAUUGUCACUAUUGCCGUCCACAGCGAGGAUGAGAACAUUGCAGCUCUGGCUCAAUCCAUGCUCCUUCAAAAGAUCGGAAGGAUCAGCGUCGUAGCAGAUGCAUAUAUUAUCCAAGAGACUGCAGCCCUGGCUUUGGUCAAUAAACACUCAGAGUUCCAGCUUUUACUGAAAUUCUAUACUCGCCUUCACCAAGAGGCACUGCUUAGGGGUCAUACCAUUAUCAUCGACGCAGUCCAUAACGCAAGAAACCGUCUUUCUGUGGCACUGAGGCAUAGUCCACCCCACAAAGCUACCUACCUCAUGCAUCUACUCGAGAGUAUCAUUAGCAAAGGAGAUGUGUCAGAUCUUGGACAAGACCGACAUAAGGAGAUUACUCUAUCUCCUGAUGAUAUAACUCCAUACCUCAAGCCACUUGCCUUUUUGGUAUCGGCCGACGAGGGCAAAGAGAGUGGCUCUAUCGAAACUACGCAAUAUGAUGAGGAUACAGCUGCAUUGUUUCGCGACACUUGGUUCAACAUUGCCGUGCAUGGGAUCUCGACCCAGUCUGAUAUUGGUCGGCGGUACAGAAAUGAGCUAUGCGCUAUAGCAGCGAAGUCGCCUCCAUUGGUUCCCGAGAAUCGGACUGAGAUAUUGGAAAGUGAUGUUGAGCUGAACAUCAUUCUGAGACGUGGCAUGGGACAUCAACGGCUAGCUGAGCAGAAAAAGCUAUUCAGUAGUGAGCUCCCAGAGCAUGAAGCUAGUCUCAAACGCAUCAGCUAUCAAGAAAUAGUCUUCUUGAAUGCAAGCCUUCUGAUUGAAAGUCUUCGUGCCUCGGCUGGGGAUUGUACGAGGAUCCUUCUCUACUUCCUGGAUCCAACACUGAGUUCAACUGAGUUGGGUAAAUACAUGAAAGCUGUUGUGGAUAAAGUCAUCGAUACCUAUUUGUCCAAGACCCUUUCAGGCAUCGGCGAGCGCUUUGCUAGUCCACACUUAUCUAAGCAACUCGCCGAAAUUUUCGUUACUGGCUGCCAUCGUAUACACCGAGUCCAGGAAGUGGCCUUAGACUGCGCUAGCAAAAUCAUAAGUCGGUCUCCAUCCGUUCUCUGUGAUCGAAGUCCGCUCUUUGCUUUGCUAGACCUUCUCACUAUCAUGUGGACGUCUUGCCUAGAGAACGACUUGGACGAAUACGGAUGGCAGUCGACUUUCACAAAAGGCGACGUGACGGUUGAGCUAUCUGACAACCACGAAUCUAGGAAACGAACUUUGGACUUAUUUUAUUCUCGCGCCAAAUCUUGGAUGACAGUUGCUAUCAAUCUCGCUCCUUUGGACGUGAAAGGUCUCCUACAGACGUAUCUCUCUGAGUACGAGGACGAUGGGGCCUAUGGCCACAUUUCAUUAGGCCGUUCAUUUGCUCUUGAAAUGGCAUCUCAAAUACCUCAGAGUGACCAGCGACUCAGCCACAUUGAGCGCUACGGGGCCGACAACGUCAACUGUGCUUCUGAUCUGAUUGCCCAAUAUACUACUCGCCAAGAAUAUAGGUACUCUGAGUUCUCUCAAGCGAAUGGAAAGCGAAAGGAGAAUGCCCAGACCAACGGCACAGUCGACCCUUAUCUCACCCAGUAUAUUGAAGCGAUAGAGAACCUUCUGAAGCAGCUUUCCCUCAGAGCAUCUGCUGGUUACGAUCUGUCUAGCCACGAAUUACAGGAUGCUUUACGAAAAGCUGCAGCGUUGCUUUGCAGGAGUUAUGAUGACCUUCCGUCAAUUGCUCAUUAUCUAGUUGAUAUACCAUUCCAAAUCUUCACCAAGGAGUCGAUUAAAUUCGGCGUGUCAAUCUGGCUAGGUGUUAUCAAUGAGAAUCCGAAAACUGAACCAAGAAUAUUGGCGGAGGUGGCCUCGGCCUGGGAGUCUACCACUCUAUCCAAGAAGGGGAUCUUCAGUCCUACUUUCACUCACCCGGAUCCGUUUUUCACCGCUAUAGAACUUCUUCCUUCGGAUAAGACAGCGCUUCUUCGAAAGCAGCAACAAGCUCAGGACGUUCUAUCUCCUCAUUUGCGCAUUUUGCAGUUUUUCGAGAGCCACUUCAAUGCGAUACGGCUAGCGAGUCCACAUUUGCAACGCAUCUUCUCACGAGUGAUCAGCAGAACACUUGUUGCCAUACAAUGCACCAAUGGCCACCCUCUUUCGCGAGAGGUCCACUUCCAUAUCGUCUUGCUGGGAUUGAGAAUACUUCAAUACUCGACCACUCAGAGCCGUGCUUACAAGUGGAAAUUGAAAGACCUCAUUUUAUCGGCUGCUCUCAGCUGGUUCAGACAUUCCCCCAGGUGGUCCUUUGGUGGUAACCGUCUUCAGCUAAAGGCCGAGGACAGAGUGCUGAAGGAUGUUGAAGAUGCCUUGAAAUACGCCGCAAAUCUGUCCUCCUCAAACCUUGGUCGCCGCCAAUCGUUACGAAACAAGCAGGAGCUACUACAACUUCUGAUUGAAAACGAAAGAAUGCGUCUUAGAGUUUGGCUCUACCCCCUUGAACAGGAAAAGAAGCAUUAUAUAACAGUCUUUGGAAGUAAGAGUCAAUCAGAGACGGGAAUCAUUGAUCAGCUAUUGCACACUGCUUGGGCCGAGAAUCCAAGCUUAGCAAUCCAGAUCUGCACUCGUUUCCCAUCACAGAAACUGCACGACGAUGUGCGUCGACUACUCCUCGACUUUCCGGAGAAGGCAAUGGGAGUUCCAGAAAGUCUGGAAAUGAUGUUUGGUACUUCUUUACCUGCAGAUGUUACCCAUCAAUUAAAGUAUCUCUUAUACUGGAGCCCGGUAUCUCCUACUGAAGCUCUAACGUACUUUCUGCCUGCCUAUGGAAAUCACCCAUUCAUACUUCAAUAUGCCAUGCGGGCUCUAGAAAGUCAUUCUAUUGAUGUCAGAUUCUACUUCGUCCCACAACUCGUACAAGCAUUGCGCUACGAUGCUUUGGGCUAUGUUGACCGAUACAUCUAUGAGUCUGCCAAACUCUCACAGUUGUUUGCUCAUCAAGUUAUUUGGAAUAUGAAGGCAAACGCUUACAAGGACGAGUAUUCUGAAAUUCCCGACGCGAUCAAACCUACGCUGGAUAAGUUCAUGGAUAGACUAGUGACCAGCUUCUCGGAUGAAGAACGCGAUUUCUACGAGCGGGAAUUCUCCUUUUUCAAAGAAAUCACAGACGUUUCCGGCAAACUACGUCCAUACAUCAAGAAAAGCAAACCCGAAAAGAAACAGAAAAUCGAGGAGGAACUCCGCAAGAUCAAAGUGGAAGUUGGCGUCUACCUUCCCAGCAACCCCGACGGUAUCGUUGUGGGAAUUGAUCGUAAGUCAGGAAAACCGCUGCAAAGUCAUGCAAAGGCGCCGUAUAUGGCCACGUUCCGAAUUCAAAAGACAAAAGCACUUGAGGGUAAACCAAGGGCAGAACAGAUACAAUCUGAUAAAGAGAAUUCGCAUGACCAAGAGACAUACGAAGUCUGGCAAUCGGCAAUGUUCAAGGUCGGAGAUGACUGUCGACAAGACAUCCUAGCGUUGCAAUUGAUAGCAGCCUUCAGGAGCGUGUUCAAUUCGGUCGGUCUAGAUGUUUGGGUCUUUCCCUACCGUGUCACAGCAACUGCACCCGGAUGUGGAGUUAUUGAUGUGUUACCGAACUCGAUCUCUCGAGACAUGCUUGGCCGUGAGGCAGUCAAUGGACUAUACGAUUACUUUGUCUCCAAAUAUGGUGGAGAAGAAUCUACUAGGUUUCAAGAGGCGCGCACGAACUUCGUUAAGAGCAUGGCAUCGUACUCGGUCAUUUCGUAUCUCCUACAGUUCAAAGAUCGGCACAACGGCAACAUCAUGAUCGAUGAUGCCGGCCACAUUAUCCAUAUCGACUUUGGGUUCUGUUUCGAUAUUGCACCGGGCGGCGUCCGGUUUGAACGGGCACCAUUCAAACUAACCUCUGAGAUGGUAGCAGUCAUGGGCGGCGGCCCACAUCUCGCGGGCAGCAGUUCCAACGGUAGCAUAACCAAUGGCAUUUCCACGGGCAGUAUCAACACUUCGAACGGUGCCGGCUCAUCACCAGCGGGGUCUUCGGCGCUUCGCCUUCCCAUACCUGGAACACAUUCCCACGAUCCAACAACCACUCAACCUUAUCAAUGGUUUGAAUCGCUCACGGUAAAAGCAUUCCUCGCAUCUCGCCCACAUGCGACCAAAUUCAUCCAGAUCGUCACUAUGAUGCUCGAUAGUGGUCUACCCUGCUUCAAACCGGACACUAUCAAAAAUUUCCGUGACCGCUUCGUCCUUGACAAAACUGAGAGGGAAGCGGCUGAUUAUAUGCGAGAGUUGACGCGAAAGAGCUACUUGAAUAUCUCAACAAAGGGUUACGAUCAGUUCCAGUUGUUGACUAAUGGUAUUCCCUACUGA